GUCCCCUUCGGGGUGACAUACGAAAAAAUUGGAACGAUACAGAGAAGAUUAGCAUGGCCCCUGCACAAGGAUGACACGCUUUCCCGGAGUGGUAGACCUACGGGUCUCAAUAUUUAUUGCCAUUCGCACCUACGAAUUAGUAUGAAUCCUUUU